UUUGCUUCCAACUUACAAGAUGGGAAAGCGCUCAGUGGAGAUUCCACUUCCGUAAGGCAAAGGAACUCUAGUAAAACCUCAGGAAACUCUAAGUUCGGCGCCAGGAGAUCCGUUUCGGAUACAAGAGAUAAUAAAAGGGAAGUAUCAUGUUCUAGUUCAGAAAGAGUCUCUCGUAAGAAACGAUCCAUAGAUGGGAAUUAUCAAUAUGAGAAAAACCAGGCAGCUAAUAACAUGCUGAUGGAUAAAAAUCAGAAACUGAUUCAGUCCAAUGCUUUAAUGGAUCAGCAAAAUAGAUGGGAUCAAGAUCCCAAAGUUAAUGGAACCGAUGUUGUUUCUUUUACAUUCACUACACCUAUGAAAGGACCUGGCUGUGAGAGGAACAGAGAGACUCGGGAACAAUAUAAUGACUUUUCUGAGAAUUAUCGAACCAAACGGAUGCUGUUGAGCUCGGAUGGUAUGAAUAAGUUUUCUUUCCCUGGAAAUAAUGUGAAUGGAGGUGACACAUUGAGCACUCUCUUGGAGCAAAAGUUCAAAGAAUUGACUUGUGGAGUAGAGUUUUCUGAACACAAAGUAGCGCCAAUGGGUAGUUCUGCAUCGAUUUUUCAUGAUCCGAUCCCUGGUCUGAAUUCGUUGAGAACCUCUAAAGUUUUACAUGGCAACAGGACCAAAAAGGGGAUUCACACAGAUAGUGUGAUUGGCCUAGGUGGGUCGAGAUUUCCUUUAAUGAAUGAAUGUGGCAACAGGACUGAAACCAAAAUGUCGCUGGAUUGCCGGCUCCCAAGUCCAGUUUCAGUUCUUGAUCAUUCUUCUGUCACAGAAAGCUUCACUUCUUCGGACACUGUAGAAAGCAGUACAGUAGGUGACAAGCAGUAUACAUCUUUUCAAGCUCAAGAAAUGCUUUGUAUGUAUUCUUUAAAGAAGUUACAAUCACUUGAAGGUGAUGCUGAGUUAUCAGACUCGGCUUCUUCGAUUUCUGCUGGAACUCUGGCAAAAAAACACGUGACUACUACUGCAUCAUUUGCCAUUGAUUCUGGGAAAUCAACAGGAUGGGAACUAGAAUAUGUGAAGGAAAUACUAUGCAACAUUGAACUGAUGUUUAAGGAUUAUGCGUUGGGAAGGGCUCGUGAGGUCAUUAACCCUCAUCAUUUCAAUCAAUUAGAGAGUCGAAAAUUGUGUUUCAACGGUCAUGGAUUUGAAGCAAAAAUAAGCAGAAAGGCUCUGUUUGAUUGUGUGACCGAAUGCUUGGACUUAAGAUUCAGACGUUAUAUAAGUGGUGGAUGUAAAAUAUGGACAGAAGGUUUCUCAGUCGUUAGAAGAAAGGAUAGGUUAGCUGAAGAAGUGUAUAAUGAAAUUUCGAGUUGGAGUUGCAUGAAAGAUUCUAUGGUAGAUGAACUUGUUGACAAGGACAUGAGUAGCAAACACAAAAGAUGGCUCGACUUUGAUAUUGAAGCAUUUGAACUGGGAAUUUUGAUCGAGGAUCGGAUUCUGACUUCAUUAUUAGAUGAAGUGGUCGAUGAUAUUUUGGUUUUGUAAGGGCUAUCAGCAAAAUAUUACUUCACUGUUGCAACUUACCUCUUUCUUCUCUUGUGGAAAUUCUUUUGGUUUGUUGGGUAGGUGGAUUAUAUCGU